UUGUCUUUGACAGCCUCCGGAAGGGACAGUUGCAGUCUCCUGCUGCUGCUGUCGGCUCUUUGUUGUUUUUAUCUUUUGCAGUUUGCAGUAAUCCAUAUCUGGCAUCCAGCUCCUCUCUCUCGCUCCUCCUGAUUUGUGGCGCAUGCAGAGAUGGAUGGAAAGCAGAGAACUUGACUAGGCUCUCUCCCUCCCUCUCUCUCUCUCUCUCUCUCUCUCUCUCUCUCUCUCUCUCUCUCUCUCUCUCUCUCUCUCUCUCUCUCUCUCUCUCUCGCUCUCUCUCUCUUUGUUCAUCAGAUUGCUUUUUGUAUUUUUUCACAUCGCCGGAUUGUAACUUUGUGACUGCCUGAGGUGAGGAGGAGGAGGAGUGGGGUGGGGGUGGAAUCUUGCUGGAUGUAGCCGGGGGGUAAAAACAAAAAAAAAAAGAGGCUCCGGCGAAGAAGAGGAGACAAGAGGAGACAGUGGUGAAGUGAUGCCACCGCGAGACAACAAAGGAUGCUCGCCUGUCACCUCCAUGCGGGUCCAUCUCCUCGGUAGGGAAAUUAGCAACCCAAAUGGAAAUCGGAUUUGAGUCACGUGUUAAUAGGAUUUAAUACCCCCACCUUCUCCGACUGAAGAAGAGGAAGACGAGACAGCAAACAUCAAGGUGCACGUGCACCCUGGACAGCUCCUGCUUAUUUAAAUCGCCAAGAGGACAUGUUUCCACCUCGGUAUUUAUGACAAGCCACCGGACUGAAGAUAAGCAGGCAUGAGAGGAUGCUGCUGGACUCCUCUGACUAACGAUGCUGCUCUCAGCCUCCAUUGAAUCUGGGGAGAAACCGCGUCUGGCCAUGAAAAAUGGCUCGUCCCCAUUGGCUGGAUUUCAGUGCACUUGCUAUAACAACAGGAUAUGCAAAGAGCUGUGGGCUGAUCCAGCCUAUCAUGUCUUUCGCACGCUUUUUUGACCGAGAUCUGUGUUUUUGUUCAAUAGGAUGUGAGCUGCGGAUGGUUAAAAUGCAAUAAUAACAAUUAAAGCAGCACCAAUAAUAAUAAUAAUAAUAAUAAUAAUAGUAACAGUGAUGAUGGUGCACGAGGGAGCUGUGAAGCUGCAGGCUGCUGUUGUUGUUGUCCUGUGUAGUCAAAGCUGCUGCUGAAGAAUGUUCAAGUAUCGGAUCCGGCUGUUUUUCAAUGAACUCAAAGUGUUGCUACUGAUGCGCUCUGGAUCCAGCAGCAGCAGCAGCAGCAGCAGCAGCAUCAGGACCGACACAGGCACAGACCCACAGCCGCACACCAGGAUGAGGGGGCUGCCUAUAGGAGACUGUGGCUGGCCACCGCUCAGCUGCUCCCACCGGGACGACGAGGAGGAAUAUUAUGGCUCUGACCCCCGGCCCUGCAGCCUGGCGUUGGAGGAUAAAGAAGAAGGAGACAAGCCCCAGGGAGGAGGAGAAGGAGGAGAAGGAGGAGAAGGAGGAGGCCUGGAUGCUGCCUCCCUGCCAAGUCCCUCAGAGAGCGAGACGAACUCACCGCAGUGCCGGAUCUGCUUCCAGGGGCCAGAUAAGGGGGAGCUGUUGAGCCCAUGUCGCUGUAAUGGCUCAGUGCGUUGUACCCACCAGUCCUGCCUUAUUCGAUGGAUCAGUGAGAGAGGCUCCUGGAGCUGUGAGCUGUGCUACUCCAAGUACCAGGUCCUGGCCAUCAGCACCAAAAACCCACUGCAGUGGCAGUCCAUCUCUCUGACUGUCAUCGAGAAGGUGCAGAUCGCAGCCAUCAUCCUGGGCUCCUUGUUCCUCAUCGCGAGUAUCUCCUGGUUGGUGUGGUCCUCUCUCAGCCCCUCGGCCAAGUGGCAGCGGCAGGACCUGCUCUUUCAGAUAUGCUACGGCAUGUACGGCUUCAUGGACAUUGUUUGUAUAGGCCUUAUAAUCCAUGAAGGGUCGUCUGUUUACCGAAUCUUUAAGCGCUGGCAGGCGGUGAACCAGCAGUGGAAAGUGCUGAACUAUGAGAAAGCGAAGGACUUAGGUGACCUGUUCAGCUCUGGCAGUAAAGGCGCGGGUCGCGUCGAGAGGAACUCUGCUCACACCGUCACAGACAGCAGACGGAGGACGAAUCGCCAUGUCAGGACUAUUCUCCACCACCACUGUGGCUACACCAUUUUGCACAUCCUCAGCCAGUUAAGACCCAACAGCCUGCGCCGUGCCAACCAUGAGGUGGUCAUGAGAGUGACCACUGUAUGAGGCUGGGAUAUAAACUGUAUAUACAGACCAAUGUGGUUUGAUGGUAAAGGAGGAGAUGAGAGUGAUGAUUGGGAUUUGAUAAAAAGAAAAAAUCCUAAUCUUCCACAUAAACACUGCCGUUAACUAGUCUCCCUGAGCUCAAAGAGGACAAUUAGAAAACAAUAUUUCUGAGGUUUGAGCAAUGGGAGAAUGUUGACAUUUUUCUUUUAAAACUUUUAAAACAGGAAAAAUAGAAAAGAAAAAGCUUUGAUUCUUAAAGCUAUUAACCCCUUUUACCACCUUGACCAAUGUGACACUAAGUCUUUUAACUGCUUUUGUUUGGUUUUGUUUGAUUUGGAUUCAACAUGAACUACAACAGAGAAUUUGAUGGUGAACAUGAUUGUGCGAUGCCCACAACAAUGGCCGCGGCUACUCAUAAUUUAUUCCACUUUUUCCUGAGGGCCCGUCGUGAUCUAGAUUUGAUCUGUUUUCAGUUGAAGCUGCACUGACGGAUCAGACAUUCAAAAACCUGGUAUAACUUUUAACUUUUAAGUUACACAGUUGGUUGAAAUACAACCUGAAAGUACAUUUCAUGUUUUGUAAUAAAGACUGUGUUGUUUUCAAA